AUGGACGGGGAAUCGCCAAAAGAGUAUAUGUCUAUUCGAAAAAGAAGAAAUUUGUCAAAAAUUAAAGCGCACACAGCAAAACAAAGAGAAAAAACACCAGAACCUAGUCGAACUCCUGUUCCUCACGAAGAUACGACAACUUCGGAUGACGAUGAUCUACAUUCACACAAAAAUUCAAGAGAAAUUGAAGCAGAUAAAACCUAUGAAGAAAUGAAACGGUUAGUUCAAGAAAAAGCAAAUUUGAGAGACCCUGUGUAUGAUUUAGAUAGAGAUGAAGUUCUUGAAGCUAGAGCAAUAGCAGCAAAUGAGCAACGCCGCAGGAGUAUAUCACCUUUUGCAGUUCCAGAUAAAGAAGAACUUUCUCACCUAGAGCGUAAGGGAAGCUUUAUAGAUCCGACAAAUAAACUUUUAUCUACAAAUUAUACUCUAAGUCCUAAAGAUGAAGAUAAAAGUAGACGAAGUUCAAUAUCAAUUGAUACUUCACGAGUAUGUGAAAAGGGAAGCUCUUUAUCUCCUUCAGCAUCGGCAAAUUCAUCUCCAAGGGAUAAAAGUUUUCCUUAUUCUUUACCAAGUACUCCAAAAAAAUUAGAAGAAAUAGUUUAUCCUGACGAAGUUUCAGAUAAACAAGCAAUGGAAAAAAGUGAUAAAUCAAAAUUUUCAUCUGAAAAUGAAGAAGUUAUUGCUUUACAAGAAAAAGACAACACAAAAGUCCGCAAAACAAAAGUUCCUAAGUCAGUAGAAUCAACCGUUUCUACUGGAGAAUUGGUAACGAGAGUUAUUCAAGUAGAAAGAACUCCAAGUAAAAAAUUGGCUCAAGAUGAAAAACCUGUAGUAGAAAAAAGAGAGCGCAUUGUUAGAACUCCCAGUAGGAAAAUGUCAACAGAUAUGAAGCCAACAGUUGUUAAGCAAAUACCUAGUAAAUCUUUAAAAGAAGAACCAAAAAGUAAAAUGGCACCUAUAAAACCCGCCAGAAGUAAAUCUGCAACACGUUUAGGGAGCAAAACAAGUGAGAGUGAAAUGAGUGAGGAUCAACUAUAUCAACAAAGGAUCAAAUCAACAAAUGACAACGUCCCCAAGCGUAAAGUUGUCCCGACACCACGGCGGUUUUUGAAAAAUAAGUCACCAAAUGUUAAUCGUUCGCAAUCAUUUAAUAGAACAAUAGAAACAGAGACUAAUGUCACAAAUGGUACAGAAAUAAGUCAAACUAGUAAAGAAAUUAUCGAGCUAAUGCAAAAAGCAAGAGCCAGAAGUUUGUCAAUACCUAAAGACGAUUCAAGGUUACCAUCAGAGUAUAAAAAAUACAAUAACAAAAAUUUACAAACGCCUAACAAAACUCCAACUAGUUUAAGACACAAAAGAGGAAUCUCUUGUCCUAAGACGAUUCAAAUAAUAAGCGACAGAGAAAUAUUAUUAGGACUUACUUCAAAACAGAGGCCAGAUUCAGAACAUGAUAAUCAUAGUAGACAAAGUUCAGGUUAUAUUGAUGCAAGUCAGUCUGAGUACACCUCCAGUUGUUAUUCUUCUUCACCUAGUGAAAAUGAAUACGAGUUUGAUUUAUCUGAGCGAACCGCUGAAUUAACACGUAAAUUAAACCUUUUAAGUGAAGAAGUGGACAAAAGAGAUUUAUCGGGAAAUAUUAUUUUAGCCCCAGUUAACGAAUAUAUUCAGAAAAAUAAUUCAAUUAUAUUUAAACAAAAACCUGUUUUAAGAAAAAGGAGUAAUUUAGAGCUUGGAAAUGUAUCUCAACAAAAUAUUAAAGAUGAAACAAAUAUAAGAAAUACAAGUGAUAUGGGGAUUAGUAUUAAUAAGAAACAAAAGGUAAUUAAUUAUAAAUGGAAAGUGUUUUCGCAUUGGUAUCAAUUUAAGGAAGAGCAAAAGGAAGUUUAUCAAAAAAUUAAGUUACUAAGGAACCGAUGUAUUUGUCAUAUAUUGCUUUUAGUUAUUAUGUGUGGAUUUGGAGGAAUGAUGUUUAAAGCCUUAGAAGGAUCAUUUGAGAAUGCCUACAAAUGUGGUACUAGAAAUGUAAAAAGAGAUUUUAUUGAGAGUCUUUGGCGUGGCAGUCAUUACCUUCGGGAAGAAGAUUGGAAAUCCAUGGCUAGAAAAAAACUUUUUGAAUUUGAAGAGCAAUUACACACUGCACAUGAAGCUGGUGUUACAUCUUACAGCGGGCAGAGAUCUUGGAACUUUAUGAACUCUUUUGUUUACUGCCUCACGUUAGUUACAACUAUUGGUUACGGUCAUAUAGCACCCAAGACAACGUACGGUCGUGUGGCAACAAUAGUAUAUGCUAUAAUUGGGAUUCCACUAUUUCUGAUUGUACUAGCAGACUUCGGUAAAUUGUUUACCCGAAUUAUAAAAUUUUUCUGGGCUUUUAUAAGACGAUUUUAUUAUACUAGAAGCUGCAAAAAAGUACGAAGGACAGUUCCAGUACAGGAAGUUCUCAAGGGACUGAACAUUGUUUAUGAUGUUGUACGGCGACCCUCCCAAAUAUUUUCUGAAGAGGAUAUAGAUGACAUGCCAGAAGGUGAAAAGCCGCCACCAAUUGAAAGAAAAUUAAGCGAUGAUGUACCACCUCCUUUACCACCGAAACCUGGAACAUUGAAACCAGACCUUGAAAAUGGAACGGAACCAGAUACUCCAGCACCGUCAGUAUUUGAAAUAGAUGAUGAAUUUAACUUACCAAUUUCAGUAGCUAUUGUUAUUUUAAUUAUUUAUAUAAUUAUUGGAGCUCUUGCGUUUAACAUAUGGGAAAGGUGGGAUUUCUUUGAAUCUUUUUAUUUCGUCUUUAUAUCAAUGUCUACAAUUGGUCUAGGAGAUCUUGUCCCCGAUCAUCCAAUAUUCAUGAUGGCUUCAAUUUUGUACUUAAUUUUUGGUUUGGCACUUACCUCCAUGUGUAUUAAUGUUGUUCAAGUAAAAUUAUCUGAUACUUUUAAACAAGCCAGUGCCAAAUUAGGGGCAACUAUUGGCCUGAAAGUUGCAGAAGAAGAUGGUAGUUUAGUACCUAUAACACCACCACCAGUAAUCAUAGCUCCCGUUCAUAAAUCGAAAACAGAGAUAUCAGCCGUAGAUAAUGACAAAAGCAGCGAAAUUAACGACAUCGAAAGUAAAAACAGAUAA